AGAAGAGGAGGGGUGCAGGGUCACCUUUUGUGCAAAUAUAUCAGCCAAGUCACUGCCAGCCGCAUCAGAUUUCUUGCGCCAAGAAGGACGGGGAGCGCAGUGCACUUCUGCGUGUGAGAGCGAGAACGAGCAGGAAGGAGCUGCACCGAGACGAGAAGCUGCACAGAAAUACAACGACGCGACGCGGGAAAUACACUAUGGAGAGAGCGAUGUUAGGACGGGUCGGGAUUUGUUGCACAUUGCUUGCUCUAGCACUGCAAGUAUGUCUGGCUUCAGUCAUGGUCAAGGUGACCCCAGAGGUGGAAGUGAUUAAAGGAGAAACCAUCAAACUGCCUUGCAGCUACACCACCUCUGCACCUGACUCUUCCAUUAUGGUCCAAUGGGCCAUUGAGGAUUCAGGUACAAGAAAGAAAAUUGCUUACAAGUCUUCCGAAGGUUCUGGCAUUGAAGAUGUCUCAGGAAUGAAAGGUCGCUUAACCAUGGGAAGUGACUCGUCCCUCACCAUCUCCCCUGUCACAGUGGAAGAUGAGAGAGCCUUCUUUUGCCAAGUGACUGCAAAUGCUUCAGGGUUAUCUGAAAAUAAGACCCAGGUCAAGGUUUUUUUUGCUCCGGAGAAACCAGUGAUCAAAGGAAAUGAUCAGGCUAUCGCUGUCAGUCAUGACACUAAAAUUUCCUCCUCUGAAGUGGCCAAGUGCAUCAGCAGGAAUGCUUUCCCUCUCCCUGGUAUAAUAUGGUUUAAAGAUGCCAUGCCUCUGCCUGAAGUAAUUGACAAAAAUAAUAAAACCUAUAUGUCACGUAGUGAGGUGAAGGAAGCCUCAGGCCUGCACACCUUGACCAGUACACUGUACAUGCAGCCUGUUAAAGCUGACGCUAGAUCAGUCUUCCACUGCACGGUGGAGUACAAAAUGCCAAACAACCAGACCAAACAGGAGAGCUCCGAUAAAUUCAACCUCUUGUUGCUCUAUUCAGCAGAAAAUGUGUUCUUCCAACUGAAGAAUCAGGGGCCAGUCAAAGAGGGGGAUAAUGUGCUGAUGAAGUGUGAGACUGAUGGAAACCCUCAGCCAGAGUUUGAGUUUUACAAAGAGGAUAAACCACUGAAAGGAUUGAAAGGAAUGUUAGAAUUGAAGAACGUCACUCGAGAGCAUGCUGGAACCUAUAGGUGUGAAGCUCUGGACUUUGAUGCCUUGGAAGAUGUCUUACUUAGCAAAACUCUAAACUUAAGUGUGCACUAUCUGGACCCAAUGGCAGUGACUCCAAAAGGCCCAUUGUAUGCUGCUAUAGGAGAUACUGUGGAGUUUCAGUGUAAGACAAAGUCCUCUGAUAAAUACACCCAGCAGUGGAUAAAGGACUCAGAGGUGCUGUCGACGACGGGUGUGUUGACUCUUCAGCCAGUGACUCUGGCUAAUGCUGGUGUGUAUAUAUGUGUCGGAGAAGUACCUUCAGUGCCAGGUCUCCAAAAACAAGCCAAUGUCAGCCUUGUGGUCACAGGUGCACCUGCGAUUGAUGAUCCAGUGAAUGGUUUCGUUGACAAGGAAGGAGGAAUGGUCACUCUCAAAUGCUCUGCUUUCGGUCAUCCUGCUCCACAGUUCACCUGGACACCUUCUGGCAAAGAGUCAGUGACAGUAGUGGGGAAUAAGGUGAUCAGCACGGUCACUCUUGAGGCUUCGGCUGCGGUUCUGAAGAAUGGUGUGAUUUGUGAAGCAUCCAACGAUUAUGGAAGAGACAACAAGACCUUCAAGGUGUCCAUCAAAUCGGAUCCAGACAAAGCAUCAGAUUCCAAUGCUGUUAACCGAGGUAGACACUUGACCCGACUCUCUCUGCUCCUCCUCUCUCUCUCAGGACUCUUUCUUGUAUAUACUCCGUGAUCUAGCUCUCCAGCCCUUUACACUGUAUAUUAUGUACCGUUACCAAACACUGUGUAUAUUGUAUAUUGUAUUACGUAUAUGAUCUAUGAAUGCUGUCCAUCCUCUUUUUUUGUUGACGCUGCACCUUUAACUUUACCCUCAUUUGGAACAAUAAAGGAUUCUGUUCUAUUUUA